UGCUAUGGUUAUGGGUCCUGAAAAUGACACAGAAUCUGAGCAGUCACCAGCUGCCACUUAGCUAAAGAAAAGAAAACUAAUAUCAAUUAUUGUCAUCAAGCCAUCGAUAAACUACAUGACAAACGGUUAACUCUAGGCCACGCCACGCCACCACCAUGUCUUCUCUGUACUAAACCACGCCACCUCACUCUCCAUAAAUUAGCCAAUUUCCAUUAAUUUUUAUCGAAUUUUCUUAUCUUCUUGCAAAUGUUUUGAGGUUAUAUUGCACUUCUGUGCUGGCUGAUUUUGAUCGAGAAUCAUGACGGUUGUUACUAAGAUGAUGCAGUACAUGCUGAUAUUGGCAUUCUUUGUCUUAUUGGAUUUUGUGAAUAACGCAAAUGCUGGGAUAACAAGUUCUUUUAUUAGGUCUGAAUGGCCAUCCAUUGAUAUCCCUCUUGACAAUGAAGUAUUUGCUGUUCCUAAGGGGUAUAAUGCACCACAACAAGUGCAUAUAACUCAAGGUGACUACAAUGGAAAAGCUGUAAUUAUCUCUUGGGUGACACCUGAUGAACCAGGGUCCAGCAAAGUGCAAUAUGGUGUGUCGGAGAAUAAAUAUGAUUUCAUUGCUGAGGGAACAGCGAGAAACUAUACCUUUUAUCAAUACAAGUCUGGUUACAUUCAUCAAUGUCUCAUUGAUGACCUUGAGUAUGACACCAAAUACUACUACAAGAUUGGGGAUGGUGAUUCUUCUCGGGAAUUUUACUUUCAAACACCUCCAAUUAUCAAUCCAGAUACGCCCUAUAAAUUCGGAAUAAUCGGUGACUUGGGGCAGACCUAUAAUUCCUUGUCUACUCUUGAGCAUUUCAUCCAGAGUAAAGCCCAAGCUGUCUUAUUUGUUGGAGAUCUUUCUUAUGCUGAUAGAUAUCAAUAUAAUGAUGUUGGUAUACGGUGGGAUUCAUGGGGUUGUUUCGUUGAGAAAAGUACAGCAUAUUUGCCAUGGCUAUGGUCUGCUGGAAAUCACGAGAUAGAGUACAUGCCUUACAUGGGGGAAGUCACUCCUUUCAAAUCUUACCUUCAUCGAUACCCUACCCCUCAUUUGGCCUCCAAAAGCAGCAGUCCUCUCUGGUAUGCUAUCAGACGUGCAUCUGCUCAUAUAAUUGUGCUAUCCAGCUAUUCUCCUUUUGUGAAAUACACACCCCAGUGGGAGUGGCUCCAUCAAGAACUCAAGAAUGUCAACCGGGAGCAGACGCCUUGGCUCAUCGUUCUCAUGCAUGUCCCACUCUACAACAGUAAUGAAGCACACUUCAUGGAAGGUGAAAGUAUGCGAGCAGUCUUUGAGAAGUGGUUCAUCCGUUACAAAGUUGACAUAAUAUUUGCUGGCCAUGUUCAUGCUUACGAAAGAUCGUAUCGAAUUUCAAAUAUUCAGUACAAUGUAUCAAGUGGCGAGCGAUAUCCCAUAGCCGACAAAUCUGCCCCCGUUUACAUAACUGUUGGAGAUGGAGGAAAUCAAGAAGGUCUUGCUGCAAGGUUUAGAGAUCCACAACCAGAUUAUUCUGCAUUUAGAGAAGCCAGCUUUGGGCAUUCAACAUUGGAGAUAAAGAAUAGGACUCAUGCAUUCUACCAGUGGAACCGAAAUGAUGAUGGAAAUAAAGUGGCAACUGAUGCAUUUGUAUUACACAAUCAAUACUGGGCAAGCAAUCCGAGACGGAGAAAACUGAAGAAGCAUCAUCUUAGGAGUGUUGUUGGGUGGAUAGCCAGUACUGAUAAGGAAUGCGAUAACCUUUAAAUAGCAUUUUCAUAGACAUUCACCAACGCUGAUUUAGCUGCAAGAAAACAACUGAAGCAACUUGUAUCAGUAAUCUACCCAAAGAAGUGGAGUGAGUUGCUUUCUUGAAUGGUAAAUGGUUACUGAAAGUUCAUUUGUUCCGAGAGCCAUAAUGCUUCAUUGUAAUGCCUCUCUGCAUUUCAAUAGUUAGUCUUCGGUGCCUGUUGACGGACACCAUUAUGUUGCAAUGGUUGAGAACAUGAAGCUGACAUUAAACAGUGCUUGCUGGAAUUUUUAUCUGA